CGGCCAACGGCGCGAGCGGCUCGGGAUUGUUUUUUUGUGUGUGUGAAGAAACGGAGCCGUUCCCCGGGUGAGCGAGAAGUGUUUUUGCUAAAGGGGAGGAGGACGAUGCCGCGGAGGAAGGAAGAAUCCUAACAAGGUGAAGUGGAAGCCUAGUGAGUAAAUGGACAGUGAUCGAAGGAGGCAGCGUCAGGCAGGCAGCAGCUCUGAGGGCACAGAAGAUUCUGACUUCUCUGCUGAUCUGGAUCAUACAGAUAGCUCUGAGAGUGAUGGACAGCCACGGAGAUCUACCAGAUUAACCAGAUCUUCUUUACGAAAUAGUCAGAGUUCUCAAGAUUCUAGCCCAGUACAGCAGAUACCAUCAUAUGCAUCAGAUGAACCUGCUUAUGCUACAAGAAGGGUAACACGUAGCCAACAACAGACAACUCCAGUCACACCUAAGAAGUACCCACUCCGACAGACCCGCUCAUCUGGAUCAGAAACUGAACAUGCAGUUGAAUUUUCAGAUAAAGAUACUAAGACAGCCAUUGACCAUGAUGAGUCUCCCCCGCGUACCCCUACAGGCAAUGCUCCAUCCUCAGAAUCUGACAUUGAUAUUUCCAGUCCAAAUGCAUCACAUGAUGAGAGUGUAGCGAAAGAUGCUUCAAUGAAAGACUCUGGAAGUGACCUCUCACACAGGCCAAAACGUCGCCGUUUUCAUGAGAGUUAUAAUUUCAACAUGAAAUGCCCUACUCCGGGCUGCAAUUCUUUAGGUCAUUUGACUGGAAAGCAUGAAAGGCACUUCUCCAUAUCUGGUUGUCCAUUAUAUCAUAAUCUGUCUGCAGACGAAUGUAAGGUUAGAGCUCAGCAACGUGAAAGGCAGAUUGAUGACAGGGCAUUAUCGCAAAGACAAGAUGAAAACAACAGGCAUGCAACCAGGCAUCAGGCUCCAACAGAGAAACAGUUAAGAUACAAAGAAAAGGUGACAGAACUUCGGAAGAAAAGGAAUUCAGGGCUGACCAAAGAACAAAAAGAAAAAUAUAUGGAGCACAGACAGAUACAUGGAAAUACGAGAGAACCACUCUUAGACAAUCUUACAUCUGAUUUUGACCUGGAAUUAUUCCGCAAAGCUCAAGCGCGAGCCUCUGAGGAUCUGGAGAAGUUAAGGUUGCAGGGCCAAAUUACAGAAGGCAGCAACAUGAUUAAGACCAUCGUGUUUGGUCGGUACGAGUUGGAUACCUGGUACCAUUCUCCAUACCCUGAAGAAUAUGCUCGUCUCGGGAGGCUAUAUAUGUGCGAGUUCUGUCUCAAAUACAUGAAAAGUCAGACCAUCCUUCGCAGGCAUAUGGCAAAAUGUGUAUGGAAGCAUCCCCCAGGCGAUGAAAUCUAUAGAAAGGGAAACAUAUCAGUAUUUGAGGUGGAUGGAAAGAAAAAUAAGAUUUACUGCCAGAACUUGUGUCUUUUGGCUAAGUUAUUUUUGGACCACAAGACGUUAUAUUAUGAUGUAGAACCAUUUUUGUUUUAUGUGAUGACAGAAGCUGAUAACACAGGGUGUCACCUUGUUGGAUAUUUCUCCAAGGAGAAGAAUUCAUUCCUCAACUAUAACGUGUCAUGCAUUUUAACAAUGCCACAGUAUAUGAGGCAAGGCUUUGGGAAAAUGCUAAUUGACUUUAGCUAUUUGCUGUCCAAAGUAGAAGAAAAAGUUGGUUCCCCAGAACGUCCCCUGUCCGACCUGGGGCUUAUCAGCUACCGCAGCUAUUGGAAGGAAGUUCUUCUACGGUAUUUGCACAACUUUCAGGGCAAGGAAAUCUCUAUCAAAGAAAUCAGUCAAGAAACUGCAGUGAAUCCUGUGGACAUUGUCAGCACUCUUCAGGCAUUACAGAUGCUGAAAUACUGGAAGGGAAAACAUUUGGUUUUAAAACGACAGGAUCUAAUAGAUGAGUGGCUGGCCAAAGAAGCAAAGCGAACGAACGGAAACAAAACCAUCGACUCAAGCUGUUUGAAAUGGACACCACCGAAAGGAACUUAGCUCUUUAAUAUUUCUGUCUCGUCAAAGGCACCACUUUGUAACGGCUUGUGUACACAAAAGAGAAGAUCGCAUAGUGAAUUUUUAGCCUUACAUCAUAUUCCUUACCACUGUUUGUCCUGCAGAGGGCAUAGUAAAGCAUACUACCCCCAGCAAGUAUAGAAUAGUGCUUUUAUUCCAUUUGUUAUUUGUGGUAGAAUUUCCAACAAAACAGCUUUAUACAUGCUCUUAGGAGAGACAAUUGGGCUUGAAAUUUAUAGUUGUACGAUCUGGAAUAUAAUCUUUCACAUCUUAACAAUUAUGUUGCCAGGUUUUUGUUACUUAAUGGUUGGUAGACUUUUAUUUUCCUUAAUAUUCUUAGAAAAUGCUGAAAAGUAAAAGGUUUUACUACAUCAAAGAUGAACGAGUAUGGAGGCAGAAACCCAUUUUGGAUUUUUGAGAGAAUUUCCUUGUUCAGUAGUUUUUAAAAGACUAUUUAGAUAGGAAUGUCCCUAACUCACUUUGUUCCCCUAAUGUUGUAUGCUUUUUAACUGUUGCAGUCCCUAAGCAGUUUUCAAACAUAAUGGCUUUUAAGAAUGCGUACUCUUGAUAAAUGGUUGCAAAACAGCAGAGGAUGUUGAAGCUGCAACUCUUUCAACUCUUCACCCUUUCAGUAUUCAACUCUUUUGUCAGCCUGAUAAGCUACUAGUUACAUCAGUAUGACAGAGACCUUGAACUUGCAUAUUGUAAAUUCCAUUUAAAUUUAUAUAGAGGCUACCUGAAGAAGAAUUGUUAAAUACCGUUUAUUUUUCAUGAGAUGGAUGGUACAAUGUAAGGUUUUAUUCAUUAUGAUAAAUAUGAGAAGUAUUUCCUGACUUCCCCUGAAGGUUGUCCUGCUGUGUCACAAUAGUAAACAGCUUACAAAGGCUUAAUGCUGUGUUUGAAGCUCUAAGGGUUAUUCAACUGUUUUGUGAAGUCAUGCUGAAAAAGAUAUGAUGUCAGAGUAGUUAUACCAUAAGAGAUAUUUAAUGGGAGGUAAUGAAAUAUAAAUAUUUGAGCAUUGUAAAUAAAACAAACUGAGAUUAAUACAGUAUACUAUCGUCAUGAUUUAUUCGAUGAAACCUUCUGUGUAUAAUAUACAAACCCCUUCACAAUUCUUUGAUUCAGGAUGAAUAUUAUACACAAUACUAAACUGACCUAAAGCAAAUAAAAUGUCUGAAGUAAAAAUGAAUGCCUGGUGAGUGUCUGGGAGGUCGGGAGGAAUGAAGCAUGUAAUAUAGAGGGAUGCUUAACAAUGCAAAUCUUAUGAUACAGACAAAACAGGUUUUUGCAGGUGAAGGUGCUGAGUUCUGAAAUUUCUAUAAAACUGGCCCAUUUUGCUCUUCUAAAGUCAUAAACUUGAGGAUUGAGCUGUUUCGUAUUGUAGUACGCACAGUUGUCAUGUGGUGUCUUAACACACUUUAUGUCACUGGCAGCUAAACUUAGCACUAAACAAAAGUUGUAAAUGGAGUCUUGUUUGGUCUAAGUAAAGGGGUACCUGUUUUACCCUUCACAAUUAAACCGGGGUACACACUUUGUCAGGCUGACAUUGCUGUGCCAAAGUUAGAAUUGAUGAACAUUGCUUAAUUGCUUGUUGUACCAAAUGUGAUGUAAUGCCUUCUGUACCUGCUUAUGAAUAAAGCAUGUUGUACAGUG